UAGAGGGCCCUCAAUAAGAGGGUGGCAGGUCGGGCCAGGCUAGAGCCUGGACCUGGGGUUAGGAAGGGGUUACAGGGAGGUAUGGAGGGGCCCAAAACCCUAGGUCCCUGUGGCCACUCCCACCCCCAGUGCCCCCAGCCAUCAGCUUCGAGCAGCCACAGAGGAUGCCUGGAUCCACCCUGCCAGGGGUUUGUAAGGUGGCCCUGCCUGGUGCCUCUCAGUUCCACUCACUCCAUAGAGUCAGCCAGGUCUUUCCCACCUCCGGGGGCAGGGAGCGGGGGGCCCAGGGUCGGGGCUGAGGUACCUGGGAACUUUACGGCAAGCGAGGAGGGCGAGAUGCAGCAACAGAGACCCAGAGAACCAGUGGGGGCGAGACAAGGACAAGUGGAGACGAGGCUAGGGUGGGGCUGGCCCCUGCACUCGGGACAAGAGCAAGGGGCACCCAGGCAGGGGGAGUCCCCCAGCUCGGGGCCCAGACCCUGCCCAUGCCCACCCCUGCCGAUGGGGUCAGGAACCCCGGCGUCACCCAGGGCAGCCCCCUCCCCACUCCAGAGCGUGCCCCUGGAUCCUGCAGAGCAGUCCUUCCUCCAGCUGGAGCAGGAAAACCAGAAUCUGAAAAGACAGAACCAGGAUCUGCGGGAGCAGUUGGGGGCCCUCCUGGGGCCAGGGCAGCAGUUCCUGCCCCUGUGCCCGGAGCACUCGAGCUGCACGGCCCUGGCCUGGCCCCCUGAGCAGGCCAGUGCCCGGCCCCUGGAAGACAGGGCACCCUUGCAGCUGCUGCGGCGAGAGAUGUGCCGGGGUGAGGAGUCCUUCGUGCAGCAGUCUCAGAACGAGCUGCAGCAGAUCCGACUGUCCUUCGAGAGGAAGAAGAUGGCCAUUACCGAGGUGUGGGACGGCGUGGCCGAGGUACACAUGGCCCUGAACAACCAGGCUACUGGGCUCCUGAACCUCAAGAAGGACAUCCGGGGAGUACUAGACCAGAUGGAGGACAUUCAGCUGGAGAUUCUGGGGGAGCGUGCCCAGUGCCGCACCCAGGCCAGGAAGGAACAGCAGAUGGCAUGCAUAGCGAAGGCAAGGCCGCAGCUGGGAUGUUCCGAGGGCCUCAAAGGCCAGCUCUGGCUGCUGGCCCUGAGGCUGCUGCUGGGCGCCCUGCUGGCCUGCACCGCCGCCUACGUGUACGUGGUGGACCCCGCGCCCUUCGAGGGGCUGGUGCCCCCCCUGCUGAGCCGCGCCGCUGUCUGGAAGCUCCGGGCCCUCCUGGGCCCGUUCCUGCGCCUGGAGGUGGACGACUUCCUGCCCUUCUAGGCCGGAGGCCCAGCGGCCCCAGCGAGGAGGAGGCCAGGUGGCCAGCGCUGCCCCGGGUGCUCAGCGGCCACGCUGGCGCCUGCCCACGGCACUGCCGAGCACCGUCCCCGCCAGGAGCUGCGGAGAAGGGUGGA